UCUCUAUGGGCGGCCAGCAGGCUUUCCAUAUGGCCGUUCUCUAUCCUGACUUUGUGGAACGUGCCGUGGUGCUCUGCAGCUCGGCGCGCACCUCGUCGCACAACUGGUCUAUCCUUCACGGCUUGGAGACUGCCCUUGUGAGCUCGGUGGACUGGCAUGAUGGACAGUACACGCAGACGGCCGUGAAAGGCACGACGGCCUUCUGGAGGAUCUUCUCGACGUGGGCACUAAGUUCGGCGUGGUUUCGCGAGCGGCGCUGGGAGGGGAUGGGCUACAAAACUCUACAAGAAUACCUGGAGGAAAUGUGGAGCGGCGGACAGGAUGCUCAUGACCUGCUCUGCCAGCUCCACACGUGGCAAAAAGGUGACGUCUCGCUCUAUGGCCCGGAGAAGGGGGAUCUUGCAGGUGCACUUGCGGGCAUCAAGGCAAAGGUCCUGGUGAUGCCUGGACGCACGGACAGCCUUUUCCCACCCCAGGACAGCGAGGAGGAGGUCAAACAUUUGAAACACGGUGAGCUGAGUGUUAUUGAAAGUGUCUGGGGUCACGCUGCUGGUGGUGGGGAUGGGGGAAACGAAGACACCCAGUUCAUCGCCGGUGAAAUUGCACGAUGGUUGACCAAAUGAGAUUACUUUGACUUGAUUACAAAAAGUUCUUCAAAAUUAAGGCAGCUGGUACUUG